AUACACACAUUUUAAUCAUUUUUUUUAUUGAGGUUCAGGAGAUGGAAGUAGGAAAGAAUGUUGAGAGUCAUUUGACAUCACCUGCUGCAUUUGUUGAUGGGGGAGUACAAGAUCCCUGUGAGGACACUUGCAGCAUAUGCCUGGAGGAAUUUUGCGAAAGUGAACCGUCCUCGGUGACUAUUUGCAAGCACGAGUUUCACCUCCAGUGCAUUCUUGAAUGGUGCCAGAGAAGUUCCCAGUGUCCCAUGUGUUGGCAACCCAUUAGCUUGAAAGAUCCCGACAGUCAAGAAUUACUUGAGGCAGUAGAACGAGAGAGAAACUUCAGAGCCGCUCCAUCAAGAAAUGGCACUAUAUUUCAUCAUCCCACCCUUGGUGAUUUUGAGUUGCAGCAUUUACCUGUUGGUGCAAAUGAUGCUGAACUUGAAGAGAGAAUAAUCCAGCACUUGGCUGCUGCUGCUGCGAUGGGAAGGGCCCGCCACAUUCGUAGAAGGGAAAGCCAGAGGGGUCGAUCAUCUUCUCAUGGUCGUCCGCAAUACUUGGUGUUUUCCACUCAUCCUAGCAUACCUUCUUCUGGUUCUGCUUUAGAAGAGGACCCGGAACCAACUGCAGUUUCAGUAGCUAUUCCAUCUACCCCUCUUCAAUCUGGUCGAGAUGAACAUUCACCGCAGAAUCCACACUUACCUUAUGCUCAAACUGAUCAAAAUUCUUCUUCAGCAUCUGGAUCCAAUUUACUUCCAACAAAUCGUCAAGGAAUUUCGCUUAUGAACCGUCAUUCCUCACUACCAAAUCAAGAUGGAGCAGGACCAUCAGAACUCCAGUCAUUUUCUGAUUCUCUGAAAUCAAAAUUCAAUGCUAUGUCAAUGAGAUACAAAGAAUCAUUUUCAAAGAGCACAAGAGGGUGGAAAGAGAGGCUGUUCUCUCGAGGAAAUUCUAUAUCCGAUGUUGGUUCGGAAGUUCGAAGUGAAGUAAAUGCAGGAAUUGCUAACAUCUCUAGGAUGAUGGAGCGUCUUGAAACCAGAGAAAAUGAUUCAACCGGUCAAGGUGCUGUUGCUACUAACUUGGCCAACCGUUCUAAUACAGAAACCAACCGGAGCAAUGCAGACACUCGUGGAGAAAGCUUGAUGAAUGAAAGCAACACACCAGCUAGUUGUGCUGCAAGUUCGACUUCCCGUUGAGCUGUUAAAUUGUUUCAGCAAGAGCAUCUAUUCUCAGCAUUUCAAAUUUUUAAGGUGAACACUUUUCUCCAAACAUGUCAUGCUGAGGAUGAGAUGCUUUUUGCACCAGUAAUAUUUUCAGGUACCAGUUAGUGAAUGAUGAUUAUGAUUUGUUGUUAUCCCAAAUAAGAGAGCAAGUGGGGAGAGAAUAGCUUCCCCAUCUGGACAUUGACUUAUAAACACAGAGUAUAUGUAUGUAAAUUUGUUUAUAUAUAUACACACAUAUUAACCCAUAAUUCAGUGGGGGAAUAUGUCUGGAUUCUCAGAUGAUGGGAUUUAAUGAUGCUGAAUGUUAAGGGUAAAGUUUGAAGCUUUAUGGAAUCCCUUUAAUGAAAUAGUUUCAACAACAA